UCAUGGCGGAGAGUGCGAGUGAGCCGAAACCCGGAGUUCCUCACACUAAACUCGCUUCUUCGGACGUCGUUGGGGUUGAACUGAAGGAUGACACUCCAGGGGUCAGCGGCGAGGUCAUGCUCGUCAACACAGACAGCUUCGAGGAGUGCAACCACGACCUGGACACGCAGUUCAGCGGCGGGGAGGACGCCCCCGACUCUCCCAUCCGGAAGGUGCAGGAGGAGCAGGAGAGUGAGCUGGUUGGUGGCAUGGGCAGUGUUGCAAUGACAGAAGAAGAGGAGAAGACGCCCUCGGAGGACACCACCACCACAGAGACGGAGCCAGGGGAUGACGACGACGGCGAGGACUCCCAGGACGAGGAGUAUCUGGAGAGCCUGGAGUGGAUUCAGCAGGAGAAGCACGUGUUCAUCCUGAGCGAGUCGGGGAAACCCAUUUACACAAGACACGGAAAGGAAGACAGACUCGUGACGUUAUUUGGACUCAUGCAAGCACUGGUUUCCUUUGUAGCAGAUUGCGAUGAUGUCAUGAGAUGCAUUAUAUCUGGCAACCACAAAUUUGUAUUUCUCGUGAAGUCGCCCUUGAUUCUCGUUGCUGUGUCACACACGGUUGCCAGUGUUCCACAGCUUAUUAUGCAGCUUACCUAUGUUCAUAACCAGAUCGUCAGCGUCCUCACAGGAUCUGCCCUCACAAGAAUGUUUGAAAAGAGACGUAACUAUGAUUUCCGUCAUUUACUGGGAGGAACGGAGCGGCUAUUGGACAACCUCCUGAAUCUCCUGGACUGCCAUCCCUCCUUCCUCUUGGGGGCCGUUCAGAGCUUACCUCUUGCCACGUCUGUCAGGGACACCAUCACGCAGACCAUCAUUCAGUAUUGUUCAAAGAUUAAGAACCUCGUAUUCGGCUUAAUCAUCAGCCAGAACCAGCUGAUCUCCCUCGUUCGCAUGAAGAAGUACCUCCUUCACCCAGCAGAUCUUCACCUGCUGUUUAAUCUUGUCAAUGCCACAGAAUCUUUAAAAACAAGUGAAAACUGGAUGCCUAUUUGUCUUCCAAAGUUUGACCCAAAUGGAUACCUGUUUGGCCACAUAUCAUAUUUGGCAGAUGACUGUGAAGCCUGCCUCUUGCUGCUCACAGUAGAUAGAGAACAGUUCUUCACUCUUUCAGAGGCAAAGCAGAAAAUUGUAGAUCGAUUAAGAAGACACCAUUGUUUAGAAGGAAUAAACACAGCAAUCCGCACGUCUGCAUACACAGUAAAAGCUGUAGGAGCCCCAGAGUUAAGACAUUUUUUGUACAAAUCUAAAACAACAGCUCAGUACACUUGUCCAGAGUUUACAGCUCCGUAUCACACAGAUGAAGAGCAGAAGCGUCUCUUUGGCAUGUACCAACUCCUCCACCACCGUGUGCACUCUGCAGCCCGCCCUCUUAAGAUGGUGUACAUGGUAAUGGACACAGAAACACUGGUUGGAUGGGUAACAAAGGAGUUUGAACUGUAUGCUGCACUGGAACCUCUAGUCACCAAGAGUAAUGCAAUUUUAUUUGUCAACAAACUACUACGAUGGAUCAAAAAUGAUGAAAACAAACUAUUCAUAUUAAGUUCCCCCACAUUUUAGCCAGUGAAGAAUGAUUAUAAAGAAAUUGUUUGCCACUGUUUUCAUCCUUGCAUGUUUUUUAAAUUAUAUUUAAUUCAUUCUAUGAAUUGGACUUGGUACAGUGAUUUCUAUAUAUAAAUAGAGAUAUUUAUCAUUAUCAGGGAAAGUUUCAUGAUCAAAAUAAACAUUCCAGUAUAAAAA